AGCAGGCACAUCAAAUAGCGGUAGCAUCCUGUAUAAACAUGCUUGAAUGCGUAGGCGUUUGAACUUUUUCUAAUAUCGAAUUCAUUGCUGCGGCAAGUGUGGCUUCGUAGUCUAAGUCAUACACUCUAUAGUUAGUCAGCUCUAGCUUGGCUUCUGUUACAUUAUUUACACUAGUUAAGUAUACGAAGUGUGUGCCCGAAACUUGAACCAUUUGUUUGUUUGCCCUGCAAUUGAAGCCAACUCAAAGAACAAAAUCAAAUAUCAAACAUCAAAUUGCGGCAAUCAAUAAAUUGCAUUCCCUUCAUUACAUUUAACAGAGGUGCCAAAAAAAUAGGUAAAGUGUUGGCAAGUUGGCACAGAGCCAAUUGGCCAAUAUACGAAAUGUAAACAAACAACAAAAACUGGACAGCAACGGAAGAAGAUGAAGAGAGUGAACAGGAAACUGUAGCAAUUAGAAGAAGGAAUCCCAAUCGAAUCGAAAUCGUAGUCCAGCCAAGUCUAUUAAGAUGGCCAUCAAUAUUUGGGGCUUGAAUCACUUUGCCAUUAGCGCGAUUGUGAUAACCACAAUGCAAUUGGUCUUUUUCCUAUUGAAUGCUUUGCUACACUUGGAUAAGCUGUCAGACUUUGCUGGCGGCGUUAAUUUCAUUGUUAUAGCAUUGCUGACCUUUUUCAUAGGGCAACUGGAUCGUCCCUCCAAGGCCUACGAGAGUCGUCAGCUAAUGGUAACUGUCUUCGUCUGCCUAUGGGGCGCUAGACUCUCAGGUUACUUGCUGUAUCGCAUCAUAAAACUGGGUCGAGACAAACAGUUUGAGGAUACGCGACGCAAUGUCAUACGCUAUGCUGUUUUUUGGACUUUUCAGGCCAUUUGGGUGUUUGUUGUUUCGCUGCCAGUCAUAAUAAUCAACUCGCGUCACACCCAGCCGCAGGCUAUUAAAGGCAUGACCACGUUGGACUCCACUGGCACGGGCAUGUUUAUUGUCGGCCUGCUGGCUGAGACCUAUGCGGACCUGCAGAAGUUCUCCUUUCGCCAGGAUCCGGCAAACCACGGCAAGUUUUGUAAUGAUGGUCUUUGGGGCCUGUCGAGGCAUCCGAACUACUUUGGCGAGGUUAUUGUUUGGUGGGGUAUCUUUGUCAUAUCUCUAAACGCGAUCAGUGGCCAUGAGUGGGUGGCCAUAGCAUCGCCUAUCUUUACCACGCUGAUCAUACUCUUCUUGUCCGGCAUACCACUGCGUGAGCGCAGCGCAGACGAGAAGUACAAGAAUCAGGUGGAUUAUCGCAAAUACAAGGCAACCACCUCGCCGCUAAUACCCGUGCCGCCGGCUAUAUAUGAGGAGGUGCCCGGAGCACUGAAAUUCAUACUCUGCUGUGAGUUUCCCAUCUAUGACACGAUGCGACUGCAUAAGGAUACGAGUCCCUAUUCGAUGUCUAUAGCUCACUCCCACUCGCACAUAUAGCAGUCAGUGGCUCACUCCAGCAGCGCAGCCGCUGGUGUGGGCCAACAGGUGCACACGCACUCAUCGAGUCAAUCGCAACACCAUCAGCAACAUCACCACCGGGGUCACUGCUAUGGCGCUGAUGGUGGUUUAGCUGAGAGCCAUCAUAAUUGUGGUGGCAGCUGCCGGAAUGUGCACGUGAAGUCGAAUCCGUAUCAAUGCGAGGCGGGCUAUGGCAAUUAUGGUGGUCGUCAGCUGGACGCUGAGGAUACGGAUGAUGGUAUUAUCUAUGUGGCGAGUCACUCGGGCAACAAGGCCAAGACACACUAUUUCCAUGCACUCGACAUGGAUGAGCGUCCAAAGUGCAGCUACCUCGCCGAGGAGGAGUUGGCCUCUGACUAUGACGAAGAUAUACCACCCAUCGAUCUGAGCAAAGUAAACAGCGUCGAGAGCUUUACCAAUCGGGUGCAAAUAGCCAGCGAGCAAUCCUUGAAUGCCGAGGGAAUGCCCGUAACAGUGACAACAAUAUUGUGAUUGUCAUUGAAAACCUUUCGCUGUAGCUCAAAUAUGUGGCUAAAUACACUCUCUAAGUGUGCUUGAAUCGAAUAUGCUUACCAGAAAAAAAAAACAAAAAACAAAAACAAAAGCCCGUGCCAAACUUAAUGCAGAAUUGCUUAACAAAAAGAUCGCUGCAUUUCAGAAAUCAGCAAUUUCCAAUGUUUUUUGCUCAAAAUUCAAAAUGUGCCUCUUCUAAAUGUUUUCUCUUAGAAAUGUUGCACGCCUUCAAAGUUUAUUAGUCUCUUUUUGGAUUGGUCAGAUUUCUAUUUAACUAAAACCUUUAUCAAAUAAUAAAAAAAAGAAAAACGCCCCACCAACAAGUUGCAAGUCGAAUCGAUAUAAACAGAAACAUAUCCCAAGCCAAACCUACGUUCCAU